UUAAUUCUUUCACACAGUUUCACACUAACUCAGUACUGUUUCACUCUCUCUCUCUCUCCUACUCAUCAAUUUCAUAAGGAGCCAAACCAAGUUCACAUGUCUUUGUUUUCUUGUGAAUAAAGAUAAGUUUUUUACUCAAUAUAGUUGUAUAUCAUCUCCUCACUCAAUAAUCUUUAAUUUCCCUUUUGUUAUCCACUCACUCAACAAACUCACCUCCUAUACUGUGUGAAUGUGAUAAAUGGUCUCAGCUCAAAAACUAAACUAUUCAUAAAGAACCAAUCUUGGCUUGUUUGGGAGUCUUCAUCUCAUCUCAACUCAUUCUCAUCAUCUCCAAAACUUUCUCAAUGAAGUCAAUAGUACUACUAUUCUUUGUUGUUUCUUCCUGCAUUUUCAUAAAGUCUCUUCUUUUAGAGGCUAGGCAAGUUAAAUCCAACUCUCACAUUGUUGUAAUGGGUUUUGUUUACUGUGACAUUUGCCAUAACAACACCUUCUCCAAACACAGUUACUUUUUACCAGGUGCAGAAGUUAAAGUAGAUUGCAUAUUCAAAGCAAUUUCACCAAGAACAGCAGAACAGAUAUCAUUCUCAGUGAACAGAACAACAAACAAGCAUGGACUUUACAAGAUGGAAAUACCAUCUGUUGAGGGUAUUAAAUGUGCUGCUGAAGAAUCAGCCAUAGUUAAUUCAUGUCAGGCAAGCUUAAUAGGGAGUUCUUCUUCUUCAUGCAAUGUUCCUGGUUAUAAAGUCACUUCAGAUCAAAUAACAGUCAAAUCUAAAGGAGCCAAUCUAUGCAUUUAUAGCUUAAAUGCUUUAAACUUCAAACCAUUAAAGAAAGAGACUAAAUUAUGUGGGAAAUCAAAAAAAUAAGUUUUUCUUUUCAAUAUAUAGUCUCACUAUUCCCAUUUUUCUUUUCCCUUUAUGUGUUUGUGUGUUUAGUUGGUUUUAGCUAUUAUAUAUACAUAUAUAUUGAUGAUACAUGUAUAGUUUUUGGUUGAAGAAAAAGCAUUGAUUUUCCCCUUUUUCCUAUUUUGGAUUCUCAGUAGAAAGAUAUGCUUUCACUGAUUGUGUCAAAUUUACAAAUAUGAUUUUGUAAGGUUUUAAGGCUCAAGCCAAAACAAUAUCAUUUAAAGGCAAGCUUUUAUUAUUUUA